GAGGAGUCUGAGCUCCUUUCCUUCCUUGACUUUGGUGCUUCUAUUCUCUCCAAGUCAACAUGAGUCGGCAGUUUAGUUCUCGGUCUGGGUACCGAAGUGGAGGUGGCGGGGGCUUCAGCUCUGGCUCUGCUGGGGCUGUCAGCUUCCAGCGCAGGAUCACGAGCUGCUCCUCACGGCGCAGUGGUGGUGGUGGCGGUGGUGGGAGAUUUUCUGGCGGAGGAGGAGGCAGUAGUUUUUCAAGCCGGAGUCUCAUUAACCUUGGUGGCCACAAGAGUAUCUCUGACUGUGUGGCCCGGGGAGGUGGACGUGGUGGUAUGGGUGGUGGUUUUGGUGGUGGUGGUUUUGGCAGUGGUGGUUUUGGUGGUGGUGGUUUUGGGGGUGGUAGUUUUGGGGGUGGCAGUUUUGGGGGUGGGGGCUAUGGUGGUGGAUCGGGAUUUGGGAGUGGUGGCUUUGGCAGCGGUGGUUUCGGGGGAGGUUUUGGACCUGUCUGCCCUCCUGGUGGCAUCCAGGAAGUUACCAUCAAUCAGAGCCUUCUGCAGCCCCUCAAUGUGGAGGUUGACCCUGAGAUCCAAAAAGUCAAGUCUCAAGAACGGGAACAGAUCAAGUCACUCAACAACCAGUUUGCCUCUUUCAUUGACAAGGUGAGGUUUCUGGAGCAGCAGAACCAGGUACUACAAACAAAAUGGGAGCUGCUGCAGCAAGUAGACACCACCACAAGGACCCAGAGUUUAGAACCUGUCUUUGAAUCCUACAUCAGCAUGCUUAGAAGGAACGUGGACCAGCUGAAGGGUGACCAGUCUAGGAUGGAUUCAGAAUUGAAGAACAUGCAAGACAUGGUAGAAGAUUACCGGAACAAGUAUGAGGAUGAGAUCAAUAAGCGGACAAAUGCUGAGAAUGAGUUUGUGGGCAUCAAGAAGGAUGUGGAUUCUGCUUAUAUGAACAAGGUGGACCUCCAAGUCAAAGUUGACACCAUGCGUCAGGAACUUGAUUUCUUAACAACACUCUUCCAAAUGGAGCUAUCUCAGAUGCAGACUCAUAUCAGCGAAACCAACGUCAUCCUGUCCAUGGACAACAACCGCAGCCUGGACCUGGACAGCAUCAUCUCUGAAGUUCGCGCUCAAUACGAGGAGAUCGCCCAGAAGAGCAAAGUGGAGGCUGAGAAACUAUAUCAGAGCAAGUAUGAAGAACUCCAGAUUAAUGCUGACCAACAUGGACAAAGUUUGAAGUCGACAAAGAUGGAGAUCUCAGAGCUGAAUCGCGUCAUCCAGAGACUUAAAGCUGAAAUUGAUAGUGUCAAGAAGCAGAUCUCGCAGAUCCAGCAGUCCAUCAGUGAUGCUGAGCAGCGUGGUGAAAAUGCCCUCAAAGAUGCCCAGGGGAAACUGAAUGAUCUGGAAGACGCCCUGCAGCAGGCCAAGGAGAACCUGGCCCGACUGCUGAAGGACUACCAGGACCUCAUGAAUGUCAAGCUGGCCCUGGACAUGGAGAUCGCCACCUACAGGACGCUGCUAGAAGGAGAGGAAGUCAGGAUGUCUGGAGAGUGUACCCCCAAUGUGAGCGUGUCUGUGAGCACCAGUCACACCAGCAUCAGCGGCGGCGGCGGUGGCCGAGGAGGAGGCAGCAGCUAUGGAUCCGGAGGCGGCGGCGGCGGCGGUAGCUACGGGUCCGGCGGCAGCAGCUAUGGCGCCGGUGGUGGCGGCGGCAGCUACGGCUCCGGAGGCGGCAGCCGAGGCGGCAGCUAUGGCUCCGGUGGCGGCGGCGGUGGCAGCUAUGGCUCUGGCGGCAGCAGUGGGGGCCGCAGAGGAGGCUCUGGAGGGGGAGGUGGCAGUUCUGGGGGGCGCAGCUCGGGUUCCAUUUCUGGAGGGGGCUCCUCUGGAGUGCGGGGGUCUAGCUCUGGGGGUUCCAAGACAACUAGUGGCAGUUCCAGUGUCAAGUUUGUUUCCACCAGCUAUUCCCACGGGCCCAGAUAGACCUCUAGACUCAGUCCUUCACUCUCCAUUACCACCAGCCAGGCUGGGCAAGACCAACGUCAAUGGCUCCAGCCUCCAUGGAGAGAAAGAGUUACGUUGAGCUAUGAGACCUUUGCCUUGUUGUCCCCUACUCUUUCCCUCCCUGGCUUCUUUUCUGCUUUCCAAAGAUACCUUUACAUCAGUGACAACCUCAGUCCCUUGGCUAUGAUCCUGCUUUGAGCUUUGCCUGGAGAAUAAUGGUUCAGCGAUUGGUACCACACACAUUACAUUUCAAAGACCCUCCUUAAGGCAAUCAGAGGAGGGCUGGUGAGGCCCAGGCUUCUCUGAUGGACCCACCAGCAUGUGAUCUGAACUGCUCCUCUGACCCCCCUUUUUUCUGCAGCAAGCUGUGUGCUGCCUGGGUUUUGUACAUAAGCUGUAAACCAAUUGUCUUGUCAGAGAUCUGGUAUCUAUCUCCUCAUGUUGCUACAAUAAACUGCAUUUGAAAUUC